CGGGCGCCGCUGGUUGGCGGCGGGCGGACACGUGAGCGGGGAGGCGGCGGCGGCAGCGGGAGUUUCCCCGACAGCUGGAGGUUGCGGCGGCGGCUCCUCCUCCCCGGGUCCCCGCUAGAGCCCGGAGACCCCCCGCGCUCCUUCUUAUUGACAAGCGCACAAAGGGCCGCGCCGGGGCCGGGUCGGGAACGCGUCUGGAGCCGGCAUGGGAGACAAGAAGAGCCCGACCAGGCCGAAGCGGCAGCCGAAACCCUCCUCGGACGAGGGGUAUUGGGACUGCAGCGUCUGCACCUUCCGCAACAGCGCCGAGGCCUUCAAGUGCUUGAUGUGCGACGUGAGGAAAGGCACCUCCACACGGAAACCUCGACCUGUCUCUCAGCUGGUUGCACAGCAGGUUCCUCAGCAAUUUGUGCCCCCUACACAAUCAAAGAAAGAGAAAAAAGACAAAGUAGAAAAGGAAAAAAGUGAAAAGGAAACAAGCAAAAAGAACAGUCAUAAGAAAACCAGGCCAAGGUUGAAAAAUGUGGAUCGAAGUAGCGCUCAGCAUUUGGAAGUUACCGUUGGAGAUCUGACAGUCAUAAUUACAGACUUUAAGGAGAAAACUAAGUCACCACCUGCUUCCAGUGCUGCUUCUGCAGAUCAACACAGUCAGAGUGGUUCUAGCUCUGACAACACAGAGAGGGGAAUGUCCAGGUCAUCUUCACCCCGAGGAGAAGCAUCAUCACUGAAUGGGGAAUCUCAUUAAAGUUUUUUUCCUCCAGUUUUAGUCUCUUCUCUUCAAAACGUACAAAUACAUAACUUCUGUCACCUGUUACCACAUUUUCAUGACAGGUUAUUCAUACAUAAUUGGUAUAUUGACUGGAACAUAAUUUAUGCAGCUAAAAAAAAAAAGAAAGAAGUGCAGUGGUAGAAACAAUAACAACAUGAAGCUGAGUGAGGGGAGGUUUAGGUUAGAUGUCAGGAAAAGGUUUAUCACCCAAAGUGUGCACUGAAACUGGCUCCCCAGGGAAAUGGUCACUGCACCAAGCCUGUCUGAGUUCAAGAAGCAUUUGGACAAUGCUCUCAGGCACAUGGUGUGAUUCUUGGGGUAUCCUGUGCAGGGCCGGAGUUGGACUCGAUGAUCCUUGUGGAUCCCUUCCAACUCAGUAUAGUCUAUCAUUCUAUAAUAAUUUAAAUGCAAUCUACAAGUGCUUACAAAGCAUGUUCAUACCAACUUUUUAUCUUCAUGUGUAAGGGUGCCAUGAAAAUGUGGUUUGAAUGUUCAUUAUGCAGUGUUAUUGGUAUGUCCAUUUUCACUUUUAGUUUAGUGAAUUCUAACACAACUCUUGGAGUCUCCUCUAUUGGCAUGUACUGAAUUUAAAUUUUUAUAACAUAGUUCAAGCUGCCUAAAUAUGUAUUAUUUGGGAAUUGUGAAACAUAGUUAUAUGUAUGCAAGUCAAAGAUCAACUUAAUCAACUAUUGCUGCAACAGAAUUUUCAUAAUAAUUAUCUUCUUAAAAGCACCUGCUGGUACUUGGUGUGGUUAAAUAGGAAAAAUGUUAUUAAAGAAAACAUUUGUAUGGAUUUUUGCCAAUGUUUGACACAUUUUACUAGAUUACUGUUACUGAAUUAUGUUGAUGGUUUUACCAAUAUUUUUUGACACUUAAAACACUUAUUGUAAUGUUUACAGGCAAAAUAGAAAACACAUUCUAAGCAUUGAUUAGUCAGCCUUGCAAUUCAGGUGAAGUACUGCACUGUCGCUGUACACUGGUAUUCUGUGUUGUGUAACAAAUACUGAACUACAGAUGAUGAUGCAUUUGGCAAAAACUAACAUUUGGAAAUAUGGAAGUUUGGAAAAGCUUUAAAAAUAACAGAACUGCAGUUCUCAUUUCUGCUUAGUGCUGUUUCUUUUCCCCAAAUUUUUCUAGUGUCACUUAGUUACUUAUUUCAUUACAGGAAUAUCAGAUGUUGCACAAGAAUAAGAAAAUAACAAUACUAUUAUUUUUUGUUCCUGAAUCAAUUUCUUUAAUAUUGAUUUGGCCUAUUAGAAUGUAUUAUGUCAUAAAUCAUAUGGAAAAAAGCUCAGUAUCCAUCCUGCUUUAUGGCAUAAACUGUCAACAUUUAAGCACUUAGCAAUAUGCUGAUACAGAGCAGAAUUAUUUACAGUCCCUUCUGGUAUUAUGUAAAGUUACCAAUAAAAUAUUUUUGUGAAUACAGAUUUUGCAUUUUUGUUUACAACCAAUAAGUGUUUUGAUACAUACAUACAAUUCAUGUAUAGAUUUUAAAUUAUAGAUUCUGGUUCAGUACAAAAGUCCAUUUAGCUCCUUUUAGGGAGAUAGUGCACUUACAUUCCUAUGAGCCUUUUCUUUUUCAUUCAAAGUAAAUAUAUUUUAAAGCCCAUGUAAAAGUUGGAUGGACCUUCUUGGUAGUGAAUCCAGCCCCAAAUUAUUACCAACAUAUGAUAUGUCUUCUUAAAAACUUAAAACAAUGGAUUUUUGUAGCCCCUGACAAUUGUGAUGUUUGAUGGUUUCUUGUAGUAAUGUAUUUUUCUGUUUUUAAUGCAGUACUUCUUCAGGCACAAUGGUACUGUUCUAUUUUGUAAGAUGCUAGUUGUGAAAUACAGUUAGUUGCAUAAAAUGAGAGUCUGAUGUGAUAUCUGAGAACAUACAUACCUCAUUCCUUGGUGUUGCUGUUUAAACUUUCUAGACAUCAAAUGUUAAUUAUAGGCUAUUUCAGAUGGAUAACUACUGACCUGUUUAUUAUGUAUUCUGCUUUAUCUUACUAAAUAGGAUGUCUGCUCAUUGCUGUUACCUGGCCAACUCUUAGUAUCUGUAAAACAAUGCUUUUUAAGGUUCUUAAAUGUUUUUUGGGCUGGGCUGGUGUUCGGAAUAACUUACACUAGUUUUUAAAAGAGAAAUACAUGCUUCUCAACUUUAUUUUUUUAUUUUUAGGUGGCACUGUACUGAUGUAAUGGAUUACAAAAGAGCUGAAACUCUUUAAAGUAAGCAGUGUUAGGAUAGCAAAUCUCAUUGGAAGAAGUUUUAUGAAAUGUGUUUCUAAUUUAAAAUGUAAUGAAUGCUAUCACAUUUCAGAAUUCCUUGUGAACAAAUAAUAAUCUAUUACCAGGAAUUCACUAAACGGGAAGUGUAUUUUCAUUUAAGUUUAUGUGAACACACCACCCAGCACUGCCCGCAAGAGGACUCUAUCUUGAGAAAUAAGUAACCAUUUAGUUUGGAAGGAAGGAAGGAUGGAGUGGAUUGUACUAUGUCUCUAGAGAAUAAUCUCUAAAUUGUGGUACAAGUAUGGCUGUAAUCAAAAAGAAUGCAGAAAGAUCUCACUGUUCUUUAUGGAACAAGACAUUGAAAAACAAUUUCUAACUACAGAUACAACACAAGUCAGCUAGGAUCUAAAAAGCUGUGGUGGUUUUAACUGAACUAUUAGGUUGCUAGCAUUUCAUUGAAAUUAUACUUGUUUUAGCAUUAAGCAAAGUUAAGAUAAUUUUUGCCUGUUGGUGAUAAAAGGAAUAUGACAAUACUGACAGCAGAGUAGAAAAUCUGAAGUAAAAUAUGGCAUAUGACUCUGUUCAUAGUGUUAUAAUUUAAAUGAACUUCACUUUCAUAAUUUUUAAAUAAUUUUGACGUGUAGUAAUCCUAAGUCCUUUUUCUAACUGUAAAUAUAUUUAAAAGCAUCUUUACUCCAUUUAUAAAAAGUGAAAAUUUAAUGUUGUAAUGUGUUUUGAUUAGCUAUUUUUCUCUGUGAUUGCUCUCUGCAUAAGAACUGUUAUUUGUUAAAUCUAUAUAUGCACCAGUCUUCAACAGCCAUAAAUCCUGGAUUGUUCAUGAAAUGGUGGCCCAACAAAGACAAGUGUGAUAGUGUUCCAUGUAAAUGAGUUCCUUUAUGUGUUGAUUGAUUGUCUGGUUUCAGAAAGGAAAAGGGGGGGGAAAUGGGGGAAAAUGGAGUAUAAAUAGUUCAUUGAUAAAGUGUACAGUAAUUCAGUCUCUUAUCUUCCUAACUUUGCCAUUAAUAUAAUUAUAUUAAUUAUAAGGAAAAGAACAAAUAUAGUUGAGACUGAUUUUUUUUUUCAUGAAUUUAAGUCUACAUAUUUGAGAUAAACAAAAGUUCUACUCAGUAGCAGGUUAAAUUAUACCAUAUAAAUCUUGAUUCCAACAGAGAUGAUAGUAAUAAAUAAAUUACAUUUAAAAAUUUAAAAUUCUUGAUAUUAAUAGUCUUGAUAUUAAUACAAUGACUGAUGUUUUAACCUAUUAUAUGUUUUAUCUAGAUAUUUGAUGUUUUGGAGCAUAGAUUGUAAAAUCUCAAAAAGGGUUUGAUUUUAUAAUUUGUGCACUUUACUUUUUUUUAAUAUUAUGAAUAGCACAUUUUCAAGUAGCCAUGUGAGAGAGAGUACUUUCUAGAAUUUGUUUCUACCAGUUCACUAUAGUGUUUAGGCAGGUCUUCUAAACUUCACAUCUUGCAUCUUAGAUUCUUUACUUUUUCCUGUCUCAAAAGCCUGACAGUUUCCCACAUUAUGCUGAUUGAUUUUACUUUGUUAUACAGGAUGGAUUUGUUAUGGAACUGUCUAUUGUGUAUUUUUUAUGUACAUCAGGGUUCUUUAACUGUAUCUGUUUGUUUUCUUUCUGUCACAUGCCUUUAUUUGAUUCUUCUCCCUACUAGGGAGUCUACAAACAUCUGAAACUGUAUGGAAAUAGAAAGGCAUCUAAAUUUAAUUUCUCCGAAGGCAACAGCAAGUGCUAUACUUGUAGUAAAUAUGGCCUGUGUUUACUCAGGAAUAAGAUAGGUAAGACAAAAGUUAGUGCUGGUUUUGGCUUGUGGACCAGUCAGUCAAAUAUGGCAUUUUGCAAAUGCGUACUUCUAUCUUAAUGUUAAGAUUUGGGUGUGCUGGAAAUACAGUUUGAGAUUUGAAAGGUUUUACUAACCUCAAAUUGUGCCCCAACUUAUGCCAAAGCAGUCUAAGUUUGAAAGGUUGUAACUUCACAAGCUAGAAAAACUGUAUGGUAAAAUCAGUCAAACUGAGGAAGCUCAGAUGGAUUUCUUUUGGGCUGUCAAAGUUUUAACAAGAUGAGAAACUGUUAAAGAAGACUUAAAAGAUUUGUCUCAGACAACAGUCUUAGACUGAGCUUAGUUUGACAUCUAAAGAACCCAUAUUUUAACAGGAAUUAACAGGAUUUAACCACUAAAUUAAACUUGAAAAAGUACUUCACAAGUUAAUUAGAAGUCAGUGCUUUAUAGAAAUUAUUGUAACUUCCUGUCUGGAAUGGAGUAAAUGAUGAAACAGCAAUGGAUAGCUGCACACUUGCUAGAAAAUGCUAUUAUCCAACAGCAAGUGAUGUUUACAUGACUUUCCCAAGAAUUUUUCUGUGGCUGAGGCCUAAACUAUAUCAUUGGAUUCAAACAGUGAAAGAAAAUGCAGCAAACAAAUAAAUUAGUUUCAGAUCCUGCGAACUUAAUGAUACAGGAGCUGUUUACGCCCUUUAUUUAACUGUGUUGGUGAAAAUUUAUUAAAACAAACCACCACUGUAUAUUAUGCAAUCACUCAGAUGUAUUUGGUCCUGAUCUUACCCCUUUUAUUGUGGGAGACAGAUAAAAGUUAUCAGAAUGAACUUGCUCUGUCUACUGACACAGGAGAUUUUAAGAGCAGUUUAAUGGGCACAAGAAGUUUUAGGUGUACUUUUAAGGAGUUAAACAUGGAAGAUGAAGAGCAAAAGCAUAUUCCAUAGCUCCUAGUUAAUAUUACUAAGAAUGAUCACAAGAAAUUGCUGUCCCAUUUUGGGUUUUGUAAAAGAUGAAAUGGUGAUAUUAUCUAAUCACUCCUUGUCUCAUAUGUCUAGAAGGAAAAUUACCACCAGAAAAAUGUUGUUCAGUAACAAUAGUUAAAAAAUUAGUUCCAGAAUGUUAAUUAUUUUGUAGAAAUUGUGGCAUAUCUUGGCAGAGGGAAGAAUAUUUGAGCAAGAAACCCUUCAGGACUACAUUUUCAGGACCUAGGCCACCUGGAAAAGUGUAGUAGUUAAUUACACUGUUCUCUGUUGUUUAACAGAGUCAUGCAUUAACUCCAGCUAGCAAAUAAGUACCACACAGCCAUUUGCUUACUCUCCUCUGGUGCAAGGGGAGAGAGAAUUGGAAGAGUAAAAGUGCAAAAACUCACGAGUUGAGAUAAAGACAAUUUAACAGGUAAAAUAGAAGCUGCAAACACAAGCAGAACAAAAGUAAUUCAUUCACCACUUCCCAUGGGCAGGCAGGUGUUCAACCAUCCCCAGGAAAGCAGGGCUCUGUCACACAUGACGGUGAUGGGGGAAGACAAAUGCCAUCACUCUGAAUGUCACCUGCUUCCUUCUUCUAUCCCCAGCUUUAUAUGUUGAGCAUGACACCAUAUGGUCUGGGAUCCCUGUGGUCACUUGGUGUCAGCCAUCCUGGCUGUGUACCCUCCCAACUCCGUGUGCACCCCCAGUCUUCUCACUGGUGCAUUGGUAUGAGAAGCAGAAAAGGCCUUGACUCUGUGUAAGCUCUGCUGAGCAAUAGCCAAAGCAUCACUGUGUUAUCAACACUGUUUCCAGCACAAAUCCAAAACACAGCCCCAUACCAGUUACUGUGAUGAAAAUUAACUGUAUCCCAGCCAAAACCAGCACAUCGGUGUAUAAAUAUUUAUCUUGGUCAAAGCAAAGUGAACAUGCCCCCUUUAACUUUUAAGAUUUUAAGAAAUGUGGCUGUAGACCAGUGUAACACUAAUUUACAUCAGAGUUGCUGAGGAGACGGCUGAGAAGAGACUAUUAAUGUAGUUUUUGAUAACCUGCUACCCUUGCACACCCAAUUUUCCUCUUCUGUAUGAAGAAGCAAAAGUAUGCAGAAGAAGGAAAUAAAUGUAACCUGGGCUAAUGAAAUGUGGCUGUUUACCUCCUUCCCAGUCUCACUGGGUUCUACAAAAUACAAAUUGAAUUUGGUUCAAGAUAUUCCCAGGUAUUUGUCGCUUAAAAAAGAUGCAGUUGUUCAAUCACUUUGCAUCUGUUAGUUAAGACAGGUGAGUGAAUACCCGCUUUGGGAACACAGAUCUAAUUUGCUGUUUAUAUGCAUCUAAUCUAUACUUGCCAUCCAUGAAUAAUCUAUUUCAAACUGAUCCUUCUUUGCACAGAAUAAAUAAAAAUGCUUCAAUGUCAAGCCCAGUUCCUGAUGGCACAGAUCUCAGAAAGCAAAUCUGCUAUCUGACUGAUCAUCUCUUACUGUAACAGCCUUCAGCUAUGAAUUAAUCUAGGCAAGGGAAAUCUCCUCAGGUUAUGUGUAUUUAUUAUCACCACUUCCAGCUCUGAAGGAAACACAUUCUGAUUCCUUCCUCUCUUUUUUUUUUUUCUUUUAAGUACAUCUAUAGCAUACGUGGAUGCAGUGAGUUUGAAAUAAUUUACUAUGCCUGCUUUUGUAAGUGGGGAAUUUGAUGGCUGUUCCCAGUUCUUCAAUUAUAUUCUGGUUUCUGUAAGACUAACAAUGGUAUGUGAAGCUUAGAGGUCAUUAUCAAUUUUGUCGCCAUUGUCUUUGUUUCUAUAUAAUUGACUUACUGAACAGCUUCUUGCUGAGCAAACUUAGUUACACUGAUCCUGUCCCAUUCGAGCACUCUGGCUGAGGUAGCUGGCGUUCUGGGAUGCCAAUUAUCUGCAUUUCUGCAAAUGAUCUGAUUCUGUGCUGGGAGGCUUCCAGGCAUGGAAAAAUAAGCAAAAUGCUUUCCAACUGAUGCAGGCAUAAUGUUGCCAAGUAACUUGCAGUACCUGGAGGCUUUUUGAAAGGUCUAAGAAAAUGCUCCCAGUCCUUGCUAGAGAAGGUCUUAGGAGCAUGCACAGAUACUGUGCGCUUUCUCAGCUUUCCUACAGAAAUUCCAACCAACCAGCUUCUGUUUCUAAAAUGUCAAAGACCUUCAAAAACCCACAGUCCAACACAGAGGAUAAGGAGGGGAGGGAGGAAGAACAAAGAAAAUUUAUUUUCAGAAUAAUCCCUAGAAGAACCAUAUAUAAUGGCUUCUUCGUCUAUUAGUAUUCGUUUUUCUGUGUACUGUAUUAGAAGUAGGCAGCAUUACACACUUUUAGAGGUGUGUCUUGCUUUAUAAUUCUUGAUACCUGUUGGUUCAGUGACUUUUGGUCUAAAGAUAGAUGUAGGGGUUUGUGAAUUGAAUAGUAAAUACUAUGAACAUUUCACUCCUGGAUGCAGGUAAUUUAUUGAAAGAGCAGAAGUUUUGAUUAAAGAGCUAGUCAGGAACAAAAUAAAUUCCUCUUGUACAAUUAGCCAAUAUACAAUUUUAAAGGUCUAAUUCCUGGACUACUAGAAAAAAAAAGUGUAGCUUUAUGUUGCAAGGGUAAUAGGAACCCAAACUACAAUGGAUGUGGCUUCUAAUGAGUUUUGUGACCAGUAGUUCAUAUGGCUAUUUUCAAUGAUUAUUCCACACCUUACUCUGUUAAUCUUGCAGCUUGUUAGACCAUCCUCACAACCAAAUCAAGACUACCAACAGUACUGUCAGAUGCUCUUAAAAUUUGCUAAGUGCCUUAUACAGAGCAUCGCUGAGGCAAUGGUUCGAUUGCAAAGAAGUUUGACAAAAGAUUUACUCCUCUGUAAAGGUUAUCAGUUGUAACCAGGGUGAUGUUCCUGGUUAUAAUACACUAAAGUCUUACAUUUUAUUGCUAGUACAAGUAUUUAAUAAGAAACAGUCCAGAAAUUUCAAUUUGUAAAACAUACAUUUUCUGGAGGAGAUUUUUUUUCCUCUAGUCAGCUAUGAUGGUCUACUGGAAUAUCACAGAAAUGAAUAAAACUUGUGAGUAUUUUUGGAUGCUUUCACAUUUCUCAGUUUCUCAAUCAAAGACAAUAUUACCGUUCUUGGGAAGGGGUACAUAACUUGGUUUUGUUCAUAGAGUUUAUGUUAAUCCAAUGGUAGUUUUUUAAGGAUUUUGUUGUUAGAAAAAGGGCUUGUUAUUUUGAAAAUAAAAAUCUUACCUGCCAGGUGUCUUCCCCAAAAGGAGUAAGUGCCUUUUCUGUUCUGACUCUUAGAAGUAUUUACUUUGUCAGAUUGAAUGUCCUGGAUAAACCAACUAUUAAGUACUGAGUGUUACCAAUGGCUUGAAAUCCUUUCACUGGAAUGAGACAGAAUGUAAGCCACUUGAAUUACUUUGAGACCUGAUGUUAUCGGAAUUUUUAUAACUGCUACGAGUAGUAUACUUCUAAGAACAAUGUAACUUUACAGGAACUUGACAGGAAAUAAAUAUUUAUUAAAAGAAGUACAUAAAUAAAUAUUUAUUAACCAAUUUAAGUGAGAGAAAAUGUUACACCAUGGGGGCAACAGUCUUGCUGUUAGCAGUCCUGACUACUUAGUGGAAAGUAAAACUAAGGCCCUGGACUCUAACUAUAAAAAAAUGUGUGGUUUUUGGUGAGAGAUUGGGACUGACAAUCUUAUGUCCACCUUCUAAUAAAGUAAUUCUUCCUACCUAAGUUUUUACCAAUUCUCAAGCAGAAAAGAAAGCAUGAGCAGAUUUCAGUAAGAGGCCCUGUGGUUUAAUUGGUGCUGCUUCCUAUAUCUAGAGGAUUUUUUUUAAUUUUUUUUUUAAACUUUGCUCAGGACUGGUACAGCUGAAAGUAUAUUUUCCCUUCAUUCUUAAGCCUAGACUUUGAAUGGAGUUUCUCUGAGACACUUUUGUAGUGAAAUCGUAUUCCCUACAAACAUUGAAGACAAAAAUAAACAUCUCCGUGAACAAAA